AUGGGAUUACCGGACAGGAGACCAUCGAUUGCAUACACCACUCGUUUCCGAUAGUCCAGCGCAUGCUAAGCCAGAACCUCGUCUUCGACGAGCGCGACCCCGCGACGCGGGGCCUGGGCUACAUCUCGUGCUCCCUCGGCGGCGUCCCGCUGCCCGCGUACACCGUGUACGACUACUUUGGCUGGCUCCUCUCCGUGGCCGCGCGCCCUCGCCCAGACGCCACAAGCAGAAACUACUACCUCCCGCUCCUCUCCUGCUUCGCGAACUGGUGUCUCGAGAUCGCCGCCCACGCGACGCAGCAGAGCCACGCGCCGGCCAUGGUCUCCAUUGCCGUGUACGAGGAGCACACAGUGCCGGCCCAUGGCGCGACGCUGCCGUGGCGGCGCGGCCUAGUCAAAGAAACACACGCCUUUCUCGGUGCGACCAUCCCCGAUGCGCGCGCCUUCCAGCGCGACUCCAACCGCGCUACGGUGGUGAACCACGGACGCCAGCUCUGGAUGGAGGAGUGCGGUUUGGCUCCCAAGGACGAGGGCCAACGGCGUGGUGCCGCUUUCUUGGACCCCUUCCAGGAGCCCGAAAAGGGAUUUGGGCGCUGCGCCGAAACGUUCUUCUGGAUAUUUGCGAGAGAGCGGAGCCUUGCGCAGCGCUGGAUCCACGAACUCAAGGGCGUGGCGUUGGUCGUGCGAUCGCAAGGUGAGCCCACGAUUCCGAUUCGUGGGUAUGACGAGCAGGCUGUUGUGAAGGCGCUGGCGAAUCCGUGCAAUGCGUCGUGUAGGUACCUGGCGGAGCAGAUUGAUCCCGGAAUGUUGUGGGGGAGAGAUGCGUGGAGGUUAAGUUUCGAUAAGGCGCACGUUUGCAAAGGGCUUUGGUAACUAUCGGUCAUAUUUUCUUUGUGCGAUGGCUGUGACUCUCGAGAAAUAGGGACAAGUU